GUGUAACACAGGGACUGACCGUAAUUUAAAACAAGAAAGUUUUUACCUGGUAGCCAACAUGGUAGAUGUUAUAUCCACCAGUCUACUAUAUAUUAACCAGUUUUAUGAUUAUUGACAAUUUUCGAAGGGGCAGCACACAGAUUUGAUAUGGUAUGAUUUGAUUUGAUAUGGUAUGAAAUUCCAGGCUGGUCUGUGCUAAUUUUUUUCAGAAUACUAAACCCGGAUUUCGUCAACUUGCAAUCAACGAAACCAUCAUGGAGGCGACUAGUUUUACUGUUCGAAAAAAUAAAAAAACUUUACCUUUUUCAUAUAACAUUGUCCAUGCUUGUACUUGUUAUUUCCUGUGUUGUCUUAAUUUCGAAUUACUUAACACGGUUAUAACUACUCGUAUUAUUAACAUCGAUACUUUUAAUCUUGAAAAUAGUUUUCACCGGAAAUAUGGCGUUAUUACUACAUCUUCUUGGUUCAACAAUGGUGGUCACCCUAUCAAGGAAGAUAAUGAAACUGUUACAGCUGUGGUGCCUGUAGGCGAAAUUCUAACCAUUUACCUAAAUGUUGCUGCGGUCGAAGAGAUGGACAUUUAUUAUACUGUAAAUGAUGCACCACCAUUAAAAACACCUUCUAGAUUCAGAUGUUCAAGGCUCAAGUUAUUUCAAAGGUCAUGGGCAUACAUUUACCUCGAACCGUUCAACAAAAUAAUCAAAAUUAAGAAAGAUCAUUUCAAAAUGAAACUUUGUCCAAGUCCAGAUGGAUACGGAACUUACAAGUUUUUUAUACGUCGACAAGUUUUUAACAAGGCGUUGAAUAAAUCAGAGACAAAUGAGUUUCAAUAUUCUACAGUGUUCGACGUCUUGGCUGAUAAAUCACAAAUAUUUGAUAACAUGUUCUUUACUGUUUCGACAAUUAAUAAUGGACCCCUGAAAUUGAAUGAAUCUACUGCUGGGCAUAUUCUAGCAGAGACCAGAUUUUUGUGGAUUAUUGAUCUUAUCGUUACUGUAGCUAUCGGAUUUGUGGCUUUCGUCAUGGCAUUAUUGAAGUCAAAUAUAAUUUCUUUGUUGUUAUUCGCUUAUUAUCAGUUGCCUGAACCCCGAAAUACUCAUUUCUCAAGUGUAAUAGUAUACCAUACGGGUGUUGUAUACUGUGAAUACAAAAUAACAAAAUUUCAGAUUUUAAUUAUUGCAGUUUUCCCCAACUUAUUAAGGCAGUAUGUGACGAACAUUACAUUACGGGAAUGUCUUUUAUAUAUUGGUAUAGCAUAUGUCUUUUACUUUAUAUUUCUGAACCAUGUAUUGACUUUUAUGUGUUAUGAACUAGUUCCAUGUGACAAUCGUGAAUCGGAAGCAUUGGGUGGAAUUCCUCCCUCGGAUCAGAUUGUUAAAGUUUAUGAUAUUUAUAUAUCUUAUUCUGAUCGCGAUAUUUUAUUCGUUAAAGAAGAAAUUCUACCAGUUUUACAGAAAAUUGGGUUGCGGGUAUUUUUUCGACAUCACGAUGUAUUGCCCGGAAAGUUAAUUUUAACUGAAUGUGAAAAUGCGAUUUGUUCGAGCAAGGCUUUUAUCGCAGUUGUUACUGACAGAUAUCUGAAAGACUACAGUCGAAAUAACUUCGAAUUAUCGCUUUUAAAAAAUGUCUUGAACAAAUCUGAUAUUCCAGAUAGCAAUCUGCUAAUUAUGAUUUUCCCGACUUGUGCUUGGAAUGAGCAUAUAUUUGAUAAACAUACAAUAAUUGCUAUUGCCAGUGAUACCGUUUUACACGAUGACGAGAAAUAUGAAAUUGGUUUAUGGCUAAAACAAAUUGAUGAUGACUUUAAUGUCCUCGCUAUAGAACAUGGUUAAAGAUGUACUACGGGGGAUUUAGAUAAAGAGCUGGCCGUACUUGUCAUAAUAGAUCCAAAUUAGAUCACGAAAAAUUAAUAUAUUGAAAAUUUCUGUCAAAUUACUGAUUAUCUGUGACGUUACCUGUCUUUUAAGUCUUGACAAAAAAAUAGACAUUGACAUUGCUGAUUGUGAAGUACCAUUGCCUCGAUAACAAAUGAAGUCUGGAGUUUUAUUCCUUUGGUCGGUAUAGUUUCCAUGAGUGCCCGUCACCUUCUCGAUUAACGCAGACAUGUCGAACAUAAUCUAAUCUAAGCCAUGAUUUCACAUUGGAAGCUUCCUGAAUAAGGAAUAUUGGUAAAGGGCCUGCAACGGAGAAUCAACACCAGCAGUAGAUUCAUUCUGAUUGACAUACAAGACCAUAGAAAAUAACCCGUUUUCUAUGAUUCACUUACUAUUUUGCAGUCUGCGCACCCCCAAACCCUCACCUACCGCCAUUUAUUUUAAUGCUAAUUCUUCUUGAUAUUUAUAUAACAGCCUGAGACCAGGACUCAAGGGGAGAUAAUGAAGUGUUUUGUUUUCUCUGUUCAGUUUAAGAUUGUGAGUGUAGCUGUUCCUGGUUUAAAUAAACACUAAAUAAUAUUUAUGUUGUCAUUACCCCAAACAACACAAUAUUUAUACCCGAGAUUUUCAUUUUUCCUAUAGUUUCAAUACCAGUCUAGAUUUAAGUAAAAAUUACAAGAAACAAUUAAUUGAUUGCAUUGUAUUGUAUAUUUCCAUCUCUACAUGGUCCAUAAU